CCACGCCGUUAAUAGACUUUCAUCUCUGGGAGUGUGCCCUUGGUGCUUAUAUAAGUGAAGCAUCGGCCACCACCACCACCACACUCCAGCUAAACCUGCUCCCAGCGUCAUGCUCGCUCAGGUGUUGGUCUCAGUCGUGCUGGUGUACGCCGGCCCAGUACGAGCUGCUCCCCAGGCCUACGGAGUGCUGAAGGUGCAGGAGCCCCAGGCCCGAGCAGAGCAGCUGGGGCCCUACGAGAACCUUGUAGAUGUCAUCGUCGAGAGUCUCCCAGAAAUCACCGAAGCUUUUCAGAAGAUAACUAAUGCUCGCAAUUCCUCUUCGGAUCCUGGAGACAUUAGCUUCAUUGAGGAGAUGGUUCUGUCUUUCCUGCCCUUCACCGAGAAGCUAUUUAAGGCCACGGCUAAGGCGGAAGGCAGGGAGGCAAGCCCUGAGGAACUGGCAAGAAUGUCUCGCGUCUCGGAGGUCCUGCCAGGUUACUUCCGCCUUCUCGAAGACAUGAUAAAAAGGGAUUCUGAAGGACAAUCUGGUCCCGCUUCUGUGGAGUCCGGCUCAUCAGACGCUGCUGGGGUCGGGUCUGCCUCCCCGGCCACAGGCGGUUAAGCAGCCUCUGCUCUGACGAACCACCAUCAAAUUCUUAGUUACCUCGGGAAGCAGGUCUGGGAGCGCGAGUUACAGAACGAGGGCACACGAACUCCCACAAAAAUAUGCUUCGCUCUUAUGAAAAAAAUAUGUAUCUGUAACAGUGUUCAAAUCUGUUUUCACACUUGAAUGUUAUGUUUGUCUAGAGUUCUGGCCAACUUUUAUAUUUUACAUUAAAAAUUGUGUUUUA